AUGAUUUGCAGCUUAGGCUUUCUCAACCGCACGGGGCUAGACCAGCUCCCCCGCAUUUUCCACGACUAUCAGCACUGGUCUGACUGGACAUCCGAGACGAAAUACAACGAGGAGAAGUACCUAACGGCGUUCAACCUGGAGAAUUACGUUAGGAUCCAAAGGUUGGGGGCGGCGCGAAAGAAUUCCGGGUGGGGUGGGAAUCUGGAGGAACUCGAGCAACAACUGAAGGACGAGAAGAGGAGGUUCUUCAGGGAGGUGACGACGCUUGCCCGCGAAGAUUCUAACACAGGGAAGAAGCGCAUGGACCUCCGCAAGAUUGGGUUCAAGUACCGUGAGUGGUUGAAUAAGCUGAGGUUUGCCGACCUCGAUGUCCACCCUAACGUAGAUUACGCCUUCCAUGCCCUUGCGCUGGAUGAAUGGCGCACCGCGUUUGGUCCAACAAUGUGGAGUCGAGCUCCCGAUAACAACAACACCCAACUACGCCAAGUUUGGUUCCCUGGCAACCACGGGAACAUUGGAGGAGGAUGGCCAGACCAGAAAAUCGCUACCAUUGCCCUCGCCUGGAUGGCCGAUCAGCUCACAUCUGUAGGAGUCGAGUUUAGCAAGCCUGAGAUGCAGCGCAUUUUUUACAACAUGAAUCCUGGAGUAAAGGCGCGGCCGUGGGCGAUGGGCAAGAUUUGCAACCCAAAAGGGUUAACUACUUAUCCUGACAGGAUGUAUGGCUUGCGGCCGUGGCGUUUAUUCUCACAGAGGCAAAAGAACGGCCGAAAGCCUGGCCUGUAUACCAUUGAUGGCUCCGACGAUGAAAUGCUUCCCAACACCGAGGAGUACGUUCACCCAUCAGUUCGCAUUCGCUACCUCUACGAUGGGAGAGGCCUGGAUGACGUGCAGCAUUGGACUUGCCGCUCUCUCACCAAACAUGGCUACGGCCUUGCCCACCAGUUGGAGCCAUUUCUGGCCCCUCGGCCACAUCGUAUCCCGGAGGCCUUUACGCCCUUUCACACUCUUGUAGGGGGGCUUGUUCCCUUCUAUGACGGGGCGGGGUCUCCAGGCGACCGUGUUCAUCUGCACGUCGACAUGAAGACGCCCCUGAGAUACGUCAGGACAGAACAGCCAAACGAAAUGGACCUCCUCGAAAUCGAUAACCCUACUUCUCACUGGGCCUGGAAGAUGGAAGAUAGAAUUCUCCCAGAGGAAGCCCUGGGAACGUGGGAGCGCAUGUACGUGAAGAUCAACGACUCGCUGGUUGUGUGGCAGACCGGGGCCGAUAAGCGCGGGAACGACAGUCUUAUGGCACAGCGGGAAGUUGGCAGGCGAGCAUCAGCCAUUUCGAGAUAUAUGAGGAACUCCUGGAACGCCACUGCUAAUAACUCACGUCCGAGAUGGAAAUUGUUUAAGAAGUCUAUUCCAGAGAAGAUAAAGCCGGCUGCAUUCCCAGGGGAGUACGGCUAUCACGACAUUACUACAUGGCGAGUUGACGAUGCGGCGCCUCUAGCAACGCGAUAUCCAGACUCCGCGACUUUUGUAUCAGACUGA